GUGGGGGGUAAUCAGUUGACAGGAAGUAAACAAUCCUACUGCAUUUAGCCACAUCACGAACAGGACCAACUAUAGGGACUGAAGUACCAGAGAGUGGUGUGUAAAUGUUCUGGUAUCAGAGAGAGAGAUGUGAUGCUGCAGCCAGAGAUCAUCAAUUAUACAUCUGAGGAAACGCACAUCUGUCCUCUCCCCCUUCACACACCCUCUCUCUCUCUCUGUCUCUCUCUCUCUCUCUGUCUCUCUCUCUGUCUCUCUCUCUCUCUCUCUCUCUCUCUCUCUCUCUCUCUCUCUCUCUGUCUCUGUCUCUGUCUCUGUCUCUGUCUCUGUCUCUCUCUCUCUCUCUCUCUCUCUCUCUCUCUCUCUCUCUCUCUCUGUCUCUGUCUCUGUCUCUGUCUCUCUCUCUCUCUCUCUCUCUCUCUCUCUCUCUCUCUCUCUCGUGUGUGCAGAUGAGGAGAGCAGCUAGUGAGAUAUAAUGGCUGGUCAAAAAAAACAUGAGUCAUUCACCGUGGUUGUCCCUUAAUUUGUAUUUGGCACCGUCUCCGUGGUAACAGUGGCAAGUGUAGUGUGACGUACAGGUCUAGGAGUGAACAUGGGUAGGUCCUCUGUAGGACUGAACAUUGGUAGGUCCUCUGUAGGACUGAACAUGGGUAGGUCCUCUGUAGGACUGAACAUGGGUAGGUCCUCUGUAGGGAACAUGGGUAGGUCCUCUGUAGGGAACAAGGGUAGGUGCUCUGUAGGACUGAACAUGGGUAGGUCCUCUGUAGGACUGAACAUGGGUAGGCCCCCUGUAGGACUGAACAUGGGUAGGGCCUCUGUAGGACUGAACAUGGGUAGGUCCUCUGUAGGACUGAACAUGGGUAGGUCCUCUCUAGGACUGAACAUGGGUAGGUCCUCUGUAGGGAACAUGGGUAGGUCCUCUGUAGGGAACAUGGGUAGGUCCUCUGUAGGACUGAACAUGGGUAGGUCCUCUGUAGGACUGAACAUGGGUAGGUCCUCUGUAGGGAACAUGGGUAGGUCCUCUGUAGGGAACAUGGGUAGGUCCUCUGUAGGGAACAUGGGUAGGUCCUCUGUAGGGAACGUGGGUAGGUCCUCUGUAGGACUGAACAUGGGUAGGUCCUCUGUAGGACUGAACAUGGGUAGGUCCUCUGUAGGACUGAACAUGGGUAGGUCCUCUGUAGGGAACAUGGGUAGGUCCUCUCUAGGACUGAACAUGGGUAGGUCCUCUGUAGGACUGAACAUGGGUAGGUCCUCUCUAGGACUGAACAUGGGUAGGUCCUCUGUAGGACUGAACAUGGGUAGGUCCUCUGUAGGACUGAACAUGGGUAGGUCCUCUGUAGGGAACAUGGGUAGGUCCUCUGUAGGACUGAACAUGGGUAGGUCCUCUGUAGGACUGAACAUGGGUAGGUCCUCUGUAGGACUGAACAUGGGUAGGUCCUCUGUAGGACUGAACAUGGGUAGGUCCUCUGUAGGACUGAACAUGGGUAGGUCCUCUGUAGGACUGAACGUGGGUAGGUCCUCUGUAGGACUGAACAUGGGUAGGUCCUCUGUAGGACUGAACAUGGGUAGGUCCUCUGUAGGACUGAACAUGGGUAGGUCCUCUGUAGGGAACAUGGGUAGGUCCUCUGUAGGGAACAUGGGUAGGUCCUCUGUAGGACUGAACAUGGGUAGGUGCUCUGUAGGACUGAACAUGGGUAGGUCCUCUGUAGGACUGAACAUGGGUAGGUACUCUGUAGGGAACAUGGGUAGGUCCUCUGUAGGGAACAUGGGUAGGUCCUCUCUAGGACUGAACAUGGGUAGGUCCUCUGUAGGGAACAUGGGUAGGUCCUCUGUAGGGAACAUGGGUAGGUCCUCUGUAGGACUGAACAUGGGUAGGUCCUCUCUAGGACUGAACAUGGGUAGGUCCUCUCUAGGACUGAACAUGGGUAGGUCCUCUGUAGGGAACAUGGGUAGGUCCUCUGUAGGGAACAUGGGUAGGUCCUCUGUAGGACUGAACAUGGGUAGGUCCUCUGUAGGGAACGUGGGUAGGUCCUCUGUAGGACUGAACAUGGGUAGGUCCUCUCUAGGACUGAACAUGGGUAGGUCCUCUCUAGGACUGAACAUGGGUAGGUCCUAUGUAGGGAACAUGGGUAGGUCCUCUCUAGGACUGAACGUGGGUAGGUCCUCUGUAGGACUGAACAUGGGUAGGUCCUCUCUAGGACUGAACAUGGGUAGGUCCUCUGUAGGGAACAUGGGUAGGUCCUCUGUAGGGAACAUGGGUAGGUCCUCUGUAGGACUGAACAUGGGUAGGUCCUCUGUAGGGAACAUGGGUAGGUCCUCUGUAGGGAACAUGGGUAGGUCCUCUGUAGGACUGAACAUGGGUAGGUCCUCUGUAGGACUGAACAUGGGUAGGUCCUCUGUAGGACUGAACAUGGGUAGGUCCUCUGUAGGACUGAACGUGGGUAGGUCCUCUGUAGGACUGAACGUGGGUAGGUCCUCUGUAGGACUGAACGUGGGUAGGUUCUCUCUAGGACUGAACGUGGGUAGGUCCUCUGUAGGACUGAACAUGGGUAGGUCCUCUGUAGGACUGAACAUGGGUAGGUCCUCUGUAGGGAACAUGGGUAGGUCCUCUGUAGGACUGAACAUGGGUAGGUCCUCUGUAGGGAACAUGGGUAGGUCCUCUCUAGGACUGAACAUGGGUAGGUCCUCUCUAGGACUGAACAUGGGUAGGUCCUCUGUAGGGAACAUGGGUAGGUCCUCUGUAGGGAACAUGGGUAGGUCCUCUGUAGGACUGAACAUGGGUAGGUGCUCUGUAGGACUGAACAUGGGUAGGUCCUCUGUAGGACUGAACAUGGGUAGGUCCUCUGUAGGACUGAACAUGGGUAGGUCCUCUGUAGGACUGAACGUGGGUAGGUCCUCUGUAGGACUGAACGUGGGUAGGUCCUCUGUAGGACUGAACGUGGGUAGGUUCUCUCUAGGACUGAACGUGGGUAGGUCCUCUGUAGGACUGAACAUGGGUAGGUCCUCUGUAGGACUGAACAUGGGUAGGUCCUCUGUAGGGAACAUGGGUAGGUCCUCUGUAGGACUGAACAUGGGUAGGUCCUCUGUAGGGAACAUGGGUAGGUCCUCUCUAGGGCAGACCUGACCUGUGUGUUGACCUGACCUGACCUGACCUGACCUGUGUUGACCUGUGUUGACCUGACCUGUAUGUUGACCUGACCUGACCUGACCUGUAUGUUGACCUGACCUGACCUGACCUGACCUGACCUGUAUGUUGACCUGACCUGACCUGACCUGACCUGUAUGUUGACCUGACCUGACCUGACCUGUAUGUUGACCUGACCUGACCUGACCUGUAUGUUGACCUGACCUGACCUGUAUGUUGACCUGACCUGACCUGACCUGACCUGUGUGUUGACCUGACCUGUAUGUUGACCUGACCUGUGUGUUGACCUGACCUGUGUGUUGACCUGACCUGUGUGUUGACCUGACCUGUAUGUUGACCUGACCUGUAUGUUGACCUGACCUGUGUGUUGACCUGACCUGUAUGUUGACCUGACCUGUAUGUUGACCUGACCUGUAUGUUGACCUGACCUGUAUGUUGACCUGACCUGUAUGUUGACCUGACCUGUGUGUUGACCUGACCUGUGUGUUGACCGGACCUGUGUGUUGACCUGACCUGUAUGUUGACCUGACCUGUGUGUUGACCUGACCUGUAUGUUGACCUGACCUGUAUGUUGACCUGACCUGUGUGUUGACCUGACCUGUAUGUUGACCUGACCUGUAUGUUGACCUGACCUGUAUGUUGACCUGACCUGUAUGUUGACCUGACCUGUGUGUUGACCUGACCUGUGUGUUGACCUGACCUGUAUGUUGACCUGACCUGUGUGUUGACCUGACCUGUGUGUUGACCUGACCUGUAUGUUGACCUGACCUGUGUGUUGACCUGACCUGUAUGUUGACCUGACCUGUGUGUUGACCUGACCUGUAUGUUGACCUGACCUGUGUGUUGACCUGACCUGUAUGUUGACCUGACCUGUAUGUUGACCUGACCUGUAUGUUAACCUGACCUGUGUGUUGACCUGACCUGUAUGUUGACCUGACCUGUAUGUUGACCUGACCUGUGUGUUGACCUGACCUGUGUGUUGACCUGACCUGUGUGUUGACUGGACCUGUAUGUUGACCUGACCUGUAUGUUGACCUGACCUGUAUGUUGACCUGACCUGACCUGACCUGUGUGUUGACCUGACCUGUGUGUUGACCUGACCUGUAUGUUGACCUGACCUGUAUGUUGACCUGACCUGUAUGUUGACCUGACCUGACCUGACCUGUAUGUUGACCUGACCUGUAUGUUGACCUGACCUGUAUGUUGACCUGACCUGACCUGACCUGUAUGUUCACCUGACCUGUAUGUUGACCUGACCUGUAUGUUGACCUGACCUGUGUGUUGACCUGACCUGUAUGUUGACCUGACCUGUAUGUUGACCUGACCUGACCUGACCUGUAUGUUCACCUGACCUGUAUGUUGACCUGACCUGUAUGUUGACCUGACCUGACCUGACCUGUAUGUUCACCUGACCUGUAUGUUGACCUGACCUGUAUGUUGACCUGACCUGACCUGACCUGUAUGUUCAC